AUGGGCAUGGCAACCCAAGAUGAGUCUCCCUACAUUUUAAAAAGGAUAAAAGAGAGUCCCAAACUGGGGUCAUCUCUUCCCUGUGACCCGCGCGAGGGGACUGAUCUGAACAGACGAUCACCAGAGCCUCUAUCAGAGGGCCAGGCUGGCCAGAUAAGCCAUAUCCCACGGUGGCUGGCGGGCUCUCCCCAGACGCCGCAGCCCACGCUCAGAGCGGCAGGAAGAAUGGGUGCUGAGCGACAUGCGAGGAUGCAGAGCCUGUUGAGUGCAUGUCCCUUGCUGCGCAGCCCUCGGCAGCCCUCGACGUACCGCGACUACCAUGUGGAGAUGGACAGCUGCCCUUCGCCCGUCGCCACCUCCACCUGUCACGGAGCGUGCGGCCGGGCGCGCCACCCUCAGCGGGCCCACAACGCGUCGGCGGCAGCGUCGGCGUCCGUGCCGGUCGGGCGGCACGUGCGCAGCUACAACCACCUCCAGGGCGACGUGCGGCGCAGGAAGCUCUUCUCCUUCCAGAAGUUCUUCCUGAGGAUCGACCAGCGCGGGACGGUCAACGGCACCAAAAGCAAGGAUGACCCGCUCAGUAUCCUGGAGAUCACAUCAGUUGAUGUGGGCAUUGUGGCCAUCAGGGGUCUCCAUAGCAACUACUACUUGGCCAUCAACAAAAAAGGAGAUCUCUAUGGAGCAAGGGAAUACAGCAUGAACUGUAAACUCAAGGAACGGAUAGAGGAGAACGGCUACAACACUUACGCUUCGGCCGAGUGGAGGAUUAGAAAACGACAAGUGUUCGUCAGCCUGAAUGCAAACGGAAAACCUCUACGAGGGAGAAAGACCAGACGAAAGAACUCAGCCACACACUUCCUCCCAAUAAUGGUGUGAUCCUUGCAGUAGUCAAUCUCGAAUCAAAGACUGACAUGAUUGAGACUGGGGAGAUGAGAAAACAAAACAAAAAUAUAGUGUACGUCUAUGAGAUUUCUCUCUUACCAGAAGGCACUACUUUGCUGGAAGAAGGCUGUUUCUAAACCCGUUUCUAUCGUCCUUCACUUGUUUUGCGAUUCUCUUUGCAUCUGCGGCACAUGGAUGAACUAUGAACCCUUCGUGCCAAAUGGUGGGAAAUCAGUGGACAACAAGCAAGUCGACGUGGGGUGGAAUGUUCCCUUCGGCCUACUGUGAAACACAUCAUGUUAUGAACAGUCACGGUUUAUGAACAAUAAUGUCUUUAAGGUGGCAGUUGAAAAGCAAAGCUGAAUCUCAAAACUGAAGACGUGUUUAUGUAAUAUCACACUGGCAAAACUAUCCCACAUGCUCCAAUAGAGGCACUGUAAUGAGAUGUAAGGUAUACUUUUGACAUAUAGAUUCAAACUAAAGCAUUUGUAUCAUUUUAACAGUGCUUUUUGACUCCUUUGAUAAAUUAUUUAUUUGUAUAAUAUUUAAGUGGAAAAAAACAUGCA